AUGUCAAGUGAUGCGAAGAAGGUCAAGGUCCUUAAGCGUCUUACAGAUGGUAAAGCUCAGCGCAAUGCCAAGGGAGACGUGACCAAGGCGGCUGUCUACCAAAACCGCGAUGCGCCCGUCGCCCGUGUAGAGCCUAACAGGAAGUGGUUCAACAACACGAGAGUGAUAUCCCAAGAUGCGUUGGAGAGCUUCCGUUCGGCUGUACAGGCGCAAGCCUCGGAUCCUACGACAUAUCUCAUGAAGCGCAACAAGCUUCCUAUGAGCUUGAUCGAGACUCCGGGGCAGAUUCCUGGUCUGAAGCAGCACGCAGCCAAGAUUGCUGUCGGCAGCCAACCUUUCUCAGAGACUUUUGGCCCAAAGGCGCAAAGAAAACGCCCAAAGCUAGACUUUAGCUCUAUUGAAGAUUUGGCUGGUCGCACAGGAAGCAUGCACGAGACAUAUGUCGAGCGACUUGAGCAGGCCAAGCUGCUAUCUGGCACUUCUGGUGAAGCCGAGAACGAGAACGCUGCCGACAACCCUGAUGGCGAGCUCACGUCUGCGCGAGAAUUUAUUUUCAUGAAGGGUACAUCCAAGCGUAUCUGGAACGAGCUGUACAAGGUCAUCGACUCUUCUGACGUUAUUCUUCACGUCUUGGACGCUCGCGACCCAGACGGCACCCGGUGUCGCUCCGUUGAAAAAUACAUUCGAACCGAAGCACCGCAUAAGCAUCUUGUUUUCGUGUUGAACAAGGUUGACUUGGUCCCCUCCAAAGUAGCUGCUGCUUGGGUACGACAUCUCAGUCGCGAGUUUCCCACACUUGCCUUCCACGCCUCCAUCAACAACAGCUUCGGCAAGGGUUCGCUCAUUGCGCUCCUUCGCCAGUUUAGCUCCCUUCACAGCGACCGCAAACAGAUCUCUGUGGGCAUGGUUGGCUACCCAAAUACCGGAAAAUCUUCCAUCAUCAACACGCUUCGCAAGAAGAAGGUGUGUGUUGUUGCGCCGAUUGCGGGUGAGACCAAAGUCUGGCAAUACAUCACAUUGAUGAAGAGGAUCUACAUGAUUGACUGCCCCGGUAUCGUCCCGCCAAACCAGAGCGAUACAGAUGAGGAUCUUCUGCUGCGUGGUAGUGUGCGUGUGGAGAAUGUGGAGUACCCAGCACAAUACAUCAAGGCCGUUUUGCGACGGGUGCAGCCACGACAUCUUCAACGGACAUACGAUAUUAAGGAGAAGGAUUAUGAGAACGAUGAUGUCAGAUUCUUGGAACUCAUCUGCAGGAAGAGCGGUCGUCUGCUAAAGGGAGGUGAGGCUGAUAUCGACGGAGCGGCAAAGAUGGUUCUCAACGACUGGAUACGAGGAAAGCUUCCUUGGUUCACACCACCACCUUACAAGGAAGGUGAAGAGACCGGGCCCAUCAACGAGAAGCGUGAAGGCAAGCUCGGAGAGAUGAGCAAAAAGAGGAAGCGAGGAGGUGAGAGCGAGGCCACAGCAAGCGUUGUCACAAGCACCGACGCAAAGGGCGCCGCUCAAGACCAAGUCGACGACGACGAAGAUGAUGACGAAUUUGGCGGCUUCAGCGACGAUGAUGACGAGGAAGAUGAUGAGUCCUCCGACAAUGAAGAGGGCGGCACACUACUCGAACCCGCUGAUGGAGACGACGACACAAGCGAAGAUGAUGAGGAUGUAGAGCAAGAAGUCGCUGCAAUAUCGGAAGCGCUCUCCAAAGCAAAGAAACGACAACGCACGUGAGGCUGAAGACGCAAAAAAAGUAGUUUAUGAUUCAAAUGAUACCCCAACAUUACCAUGUCUCA